AUGAACUCUUCUUCUUCCUCCUUCCCUAGUUCCCCUUCAAAGUUUGUUGAUUUGGGAUCUGCGAUCGGACAAAAAGAAGUGAAGAAAAUCUUGGUGUUGUUUCUCGUUUUAGCUGCUUCAUGUUUACUUCUUUACAAAACAGCUUAUUCUCUUCGUCAAGAGCUCCAUGUCAACAAUCUUUCUUCUCCUCGUCCUUUGCUCGAUCACCCCUCCUCGUCUUCUCCACAAACAAAAUCAGAAACAAUCAGUUUUAGAAAAGUUCUGGAGAACGCAUCAACAGAGAAUCGAACAGUUAUCGUAACUACGUUGAAUCAAGCAUGGGCAAAGCCAAACUCUCUGUUCGAUUUGUUUCUUGAAAGUUUUCGUAUAGGACAAGGAACACAGAAGCUACUUCGACAUGUGGUUGUUGUUUGCUUGGACUCCAAGGCAUUUGAUCGGUGCUCACAACUUCACCCGAAUUGCUACUAUAUAAAAACACCAGGAACUGAUUUCUCCGGCGAGAAACUUUUUGCUACUCAUGAUUACCUCAAAAUGAUGUGGAGGAGAAUCGAGCUCCUCACACAAGUGCUUGAAAUGGGAUUUAACUUCAUCUUCACGGAUGCAGAUAUAAUGUGGCUUCGAGAUCCAUUUCCUCGGCUAUAUCCAGAUGAAGACUUUCAAAUGGCUUGUGAUCGAUUCUUUGGUGAUCCUUAUGACUCAGACAAUUGGGUAAAUGGAGGCUUCACAUAUGUGAAAUCAAACCACAGAAGCAUUGAGUUCUACAAGUUUUGGUACAAAUCUCGUCUGAAUUAUCCACACUUACAUGACCAAGAUGUGUUUAACAAGAUCAAACAUGAGGCUAGAGUGUCAGAGAUUGGGAUCCAGAUGAGAUUCUUUGACACGGUUUACUUUGGUGGGUUUUGUCAGACGAGCAGGGACAUAAACUUGGUGUGUACGAUGCAUGCUAAUUGUUGUAUUGGUCUAGAGAAGAAGCUUCAUGAUCUUAACCUCGUUCUUGAUGACUGGAGAAAUCUCGGUGAAGCUAAGAAGAGCUUAGCGGCAGGAGAUGGUCCAGGUCUGAAUAUCAAGGUUUCAGCAGCUAUGGAAGGAUCUACAACGUGUCAAGAUGGGUUGGCGAAAGUCAAAGUUGAUCCCUCAGUUGUGAAGCAAAGUGGUGAUUUUCAGAAUAUUUGUGGGUUUGUUCUUGUCAUCUCCAACACGAUGUGA